GGUGACCCGCUGUGGAGGGAAACCCAAAGGCCAAAAGCGCCAUGGGAGAAAGCAACACAGAAGCACCAAAGAUUCAAUGUCCGAUUAAAUACUUUUCCGAAAUUAUAUUUCUCUCCCCAUAAAACUUUGAAAUUGUAAUUGUUGCCAAAUUUGGGGAAAUUAGGGGUUGGAAUUGGAGGGGGUUGCGAUCUGGAUCGGAAAUUAGGGUUGGAAAUUGGGGGAAAACUGAGAUCGAAACGGUGCGCUGCAUGAGAAGGAAGCCGACGGCGGGGGAGAGGGAGGAGGAAGAAGGGAGAGAGUGAGAGAAGGCAAAACAUGUCUGCCGUUGUGUGCGGGAAGAGAUCAUCGAUUUUCGAAGACAACUCGCUGCCGUCGACUUCCCCUCCCGUCUCCUCCGCUUCCAAGAGAAUCCGCUGCUCUUCUUCUUCCUCCCCUGUUCGCUUCUCUCCUCCCUCCACGACGUCGUUUGCUGCCUCGCAUUUGAUCGAACAACUCAGGGCCGUUUUCCCGGACAUGGACAACCAGCUUCUGGAGGGAGCACUUGAAGAAUGUGGUGGUGAUUUGGAUUCGGCUAUCAAAAGUUUGAAUGAGCUACGUUUAGGUUCUGCAGCAGGAAAAUCUGAUAUAGCGCCAGAAGCAAAUGUGCAACUCCAAUCACAAAGUGCGGUAGCAACAAAUGGAGAGGUUGCAGUAACUGAUGAUCCAUCAGUGCAAAAUAACCUUCCCAAGGAUGGAGCUGAGUGGGUGGAGCUCGUUGUCAGAGAGAUGAUGAGUGCCUCUAACAUGUAUGAUGCUAAAGCUCGUGCUUCAAGGGUGCUUGAGGCUUUGGAGAAGUCCAUUAGUGCUUGUGCAACCACAGAGGUAGCCCAAAGCUUUCGCCAGGAAAAUAUGAUGCUGAAGGAACAAAUGGAAGCUAUUAUUCAGGAAAAUGCAAUUUUAAAGCGAGCUGUAUCCACUCAGCAUGAACGGCAGAAGGAGUUUGAAGAUAGAGGCCAGGAAUUGCAGCAUCUGAAGCAACUGGUGGCCCAGUACCAGGAACAGUUGAGAACCCUCGAGGUGAACAACUACGCACUUACAAUGCACCUAAAGCAGGCACAACAAAGCAGCUCCAUCCCAGGGCGCUUUCAUCCGGAUGUUUUCUAAAGAAUUUGUAUAACGAUAAAUGUUUCUUCGGCUUUGUGGACGGAUCAUGUGCUUUCGUGUGGUAGUUUUAAUGACAUGGAGGCACUUCAAGCUGUAUUUGUGUUGUUUGGGAAACAGAGAUGCAGCUUCUUUCCUCUGUUAUGGUGACGACGCAGUUUCGUUCAAACACGAAUUCAGGGAUAUGUUCUGUAGGUUUUAUAGGAAGAAACAUUUAGUGAUUUAAUUGUAUCUUUUUAUACUUCAAUUAAAGAGGGUUUAUGCUUUAAACCCUAUUAUUCAAUCGAAUUUCGUCGGCUGAAUUCUUGUA